GUUUUUAUUUUUCUGUUCUCACUUUCUUUCUCCAUCAAUACCAUUACCAAACUUUUUCCCUCUCUGAAAAAUUCUCGUGCUCUCCCUCAAAUGCAGAAUUCCGAAUCAUAUUCAUAUCAUCAAAAUCGUAUUUCACCUGCAUAGCUAAUCAUCGUUUCCCCGGGAUUUCUAUAUCUCCUGGAGAAAGUUAGAAAUUUGGAAUUUUUUUUUUUGUUCUGUUUUGAUGAUUCAAUUGAGUUUUUGUUUUCAUUAAGAAUUAUUUAUAAUUAUUAUUAUUUGUAUGGAAUUCAUGGUGAAAGAAAGAGGCGGAGAAAAUUGUGUGAAAACGAAGAGUAAUAAACUUAAUCUGGGGGAUCUGGUUUUAGCUAAGGUUAAAGCAGGAUGUCCAGCUUGGCCAGCUAAGAUUUGCCGGCCUGAAGAUUGGGAACGAGAACCUGAUCCUAAGAAGUACUUUGUUCGAUUAUUUGGAAGUGCAGAAAUUGCUUUUGUUUCGCCAACUGAUAUCCAAGUAUUUAAUAAGGAAGCAAAGAAAAGAGUUGUAUCUAGCCUCCAGGAAAAUCCUGUUCAAUAUUUCGAAGCUGCUGUUAAGGAAAUCUGUGAGGCUUUUAAAGAGGUAGAAGCAAAUUUAAGUGGAAACAAGAGGAUUAUGGAAAAUCCCCAGGAAAGAUUAUUCUUGUCUGAAGAGCAAGCACAACUUAGAAAUGGAAAGCACAAAAUGGGUACUGCUGAAGAUUUAUACAGCGCGAAAAGGCUGAAACAUGUUUCUUUGGGUGAUAAAAGUGUUGUGAAGACAGUUGUUAAAGGAGAUAAACACAUAAAAAAUAAACUAUCCUCGCCAACCGUUAGAACUAAAAGCUGUGUGGUAUCAAGAAUUGAAACUUGUAAUUUAGUAUCUACACCUGCUGGUGAUGAGAUUGUUUCUACACUGAAGCACCAUUGCCUGGAAUUUGAUGCGACACCCAAUUCAAAUGCUCAAGCUACUCCAAAUACAAACAAUAGAAAGGCGAAUAUACGGAAAAAUGGCAUGCCCAGGCCUGACUGUGAUACUCCUGUUGCCCAAGUCCACUCAAGGAGGAGAUUAGUUCAUCAAUUCGAUGAAAGUGAUGAUGAAGAAGAGUGCCCAACUCAGCCGUGUACCGGAUCUUCUAAAGAAUUGAAGGAUGUGCUUCCAAAUGCAUUGGAUUCUGCUCAUAUUAUUGAAAAUAGCCAAACUCAGGAGGAUACUGGAGAGUGCAGAGUAAAAAAAUUGGUGUCAGGGGGAUUGGAGAAUAUUCCGACUCCGACGCAAAAUGGGUCUGCUAUGCCAUGUCUUUCCCCUGGUCCCGUGAAAAUUGAAUACCAAGAAGCAUCCUCUUCCUUGGGAUCGGAAAAUAAACACACCAUGAUUGGGGAUAAAAAUUUAGUUGGGUCACUCUCUACAACCAAAUCUGUAGAGCUCAAAGCAGCAAAGAGCCAGCAGAAAGCAUCUGACGCUUCUACACCCAGGAAACUUCAGCGCGGGAUAAGUAAAUGUUCAGGUCUGACUGGCAAGAAGAAUCAAAAUCAGUCGGCGGAUAAGACAAACAGGCCUACUAAUUCAAGUGAUAACUUGAAGAUUAUCUCAAGGCCUAAUCCUCAGUUGAAUGGUUCCAUUGUCGCUAUAGAGCAAUCUGUGGGUCCAAAUUCUAUUUCGCCUAUGAAGCAUCUUAUUGCUGCAGCACAGGCAAAAAGGAGAGCGUCCAACUUGCAAUCUUCUACCUAUGACGGUGCUUUGCCCUCGACUGUUCUCAGUGCUUCUACAGUUCAGGGGUCGAGCCCAGUCCCUGCGAAAGGAACACAUUCGGCUCUGUCAGUCACUAGCACUGUGAUGCAUACAAAAGAUUUAUUUGCUAACAGAACUUCAACAUCCCCAUCUCCUCAUAACCAUCACAUCACGCCACAACAUCAAGCUGAUCCUGAACCUGAGGAGGGUAAAGUUGGUUCCCGAUCCCGGUCACUUAGGGGGUCAUCCAGUGGUAAUACUGAAGCAUCCGUCAUCCGGGAUGCUUUUGAAGGAAUGGUAGAGACAUUGACAAGGACAAAGGAAAGUAUUGGGCGUGCGACCCGUCUUGCUAUUGAUUGCGCAAAGUAUGAUCUUGCCAAUGAGGUUGUGGAACUUCUUAUCCAAAAGUUGGAGAACGAGCCAAAUUUUCAUCGUAGAGUUGAUUUGUUCUUUCUCGUGGAUUCUAUUACACAGUGUUCACAUGGUCAGAAAGGAAUUGCUGGAGCUUCUUACAUUCCCACCGUACAAGCAGUGUUGCCGCGUCUUCUAAGCGCUGCUGCUCCACUUGGAUCUGGUGCUCAAGAAAAUCGUCGCCAAUGUCUCAAGGUUAUGCGUUUAUGGCUUGAGCGGAAAGUCCUACCUGAGCCGCUUCUUAGACGCUACAUGGAUGAUAUUGAAGUUUCAAAGGGCAAUACAACAGCUGGAUUUUGUCUUAGACGGCCCUCUCGAGCUGAGCGUGGUGUAGAUGAUCCAAUUAGAGAAAUGGAAGGGAUGUUUGUUGAUGAAUAUGGGAGCAAUGCUUCCUUUCAGUUGCCUGGGCUUUGUUCUUCUCAUAUAUUUGAGGAAGAAGAUGAGGAAUAUCUCUCUACCAUUGCAUGUGAGGAAGAUGCAUCAUCACCAGUAGAAGAAGUCAACCAUAAUUUGGACGAAGACCAGGAAACGCGUGAGCUCAUUCCAAGUGACGGGCGUCAUUGCAUAUUGGAGGAUGCUGAUGGUGAUUUUGAAAUGGAAGAUGUUUCCUGUCAACCAGAUGUUGAGGGGACCAUAGUCUUCAGCAAUUCUUUUGUAGUGGAAUCCCAGGCAAAACAUUCAGGUAGCAAUUUUGAAAUGCCUCCAAGUAACUCAACCAACCCUCCGCCUCUUUUUUCGGGUUCUCCACCAUUACCUCUAGAUUCCCCACCUCCCCCACCACCUUUACCUCCUUCCCCACCACCACCGGCACCAUUGUCUCCACCACCCCCUCCACCACCAUCUUCAUCUCCACCUAUACCACCACCGCCUCCAUCAUCGCCACCUCCACUUACACCUCCUCCACCAACACAGCCAUCGCCGUCUCCAGUUUCUGAAGCUUUCUUGCUAUCCCAGCAAUCACUACCAUCAUCAUUGAGGCCUCAGCCAUCAUUACCAUCUUCACCACCAUUUUUGUCUCAACUGACUCUGUCUGAAGAGUGUUUUACUCCUCCAAGUGUGAACCAAACAGCGGUGCCGUUGUCAUUGAGACCUCAGCCAUUGAUAAAAUCUUCUUCACCUUCAUUUUUGGAUCAACUAGCUCUAUCCGAAGAAUGUUUUACGCCUCCAAAUGAAUCUCAACAAUCACCACCAUCAUCAUUGAGAUCUCAGCAGUCACUAGCAUCGUCUUCACCACCAUAUUCGAGGCAACUAGCUCUAAAUGAGGAAUGCUUUACGCCUCCAAGUAGAACCCAAACUCUUCCAGUAUCUAGAAAUGCUCCACACAUUCGUUUAAAGCACGAGAUGUUUUCACAGCAUUCACCUCGCAUAGUCACUAGGGAUAAUCAAUCGGGCCAUCUUUUAAGGCCUUCCGUGUAUCGGCAAGGGGACAUGUAUCGAAGUGCCCAGGCAUCUGAUUCAAACAAGCAGUUUCAUGCAAGUAAUAUAUCUUAUCCUCGGAGACCAUAUCAGUCUGCACCCCCUGUAAAAGUCUCAUCUGAUCGUGCUUCAUACACGAAGCCUACAAUGCAGCACCAUUCACAGAAACAUUACCCCCAUCCAUAUUCAUAUGACUCCUAUUCGAAUGGUCGGAGGCAGCAUGCUACAGAUGAACGGUGUAAGAUGCCUUUAAGUGAUCGUAAUCCAGAGAAUCAUAAUAAUUCAGUUGCUGGAGGGAGAGUUCUGUCACGUACUGCAGCACAUGUGGUUCAAGAAGGCUAUUCGCGGUCUCUUCCUGAAAGGCCGUGCAGUAACAACAAGGGAUUCCAACUUGUGAUCCACAAUCCUACUACAUCUGGGACUCGCAGAACAGGUCACGUGCCAUCCAAGCUGACGCAAUCCAGAUAUCUGUACUCGUAAAUACUAAAACAGCAUAAAAAAUUAUCCUGUAGCUUUGCGUUUUCAUGAAGUAGGAUGUUCAUGUACUGCAACACUUCAAAAAAGGUGUAAGCAGAUGGAGGAACAAACCUAAAAGAUGGUGCGGGAUCUGGCAAACGCUCCUAGACUGUAUAUGAAUACUGUAUAUUUAUUCCUGGUGACUCCGUUCGGCAAACUUCAUUGCUAGUGUAUUGUCAGCAACACUGAUGUUCUCUAAGUUGCAACCGUCUAUAGGUUUUCGCUUCGGAUGCUGUUGAAGGAGUAACGUGCGGAGCUCCAUGUAAAUUGCUGCAAAUGUAGAGGUACACUUUAGAAAGCCAUGGAUUCCUUAGAAAUUCUGAAUUUAUUAAGUUAAUGUAAGAUAGUACAUUAGUUAUUAUACCAACCAUUGAUAACUCCAUCAAAAGAAAAAUUUCAAACUCUCAACAAAUUAGUUCAUACCAAAUUUUGAACCGGCAA